CCAGACCACGCCAACGAGCAAACAUCUGAUGAAAUGGAACACAAAGGGAUGAGUUGUCGUAUGCCUGAUGCAGGCGUGGUUCAAUAAGCACCCGUUGUUGCGAGCUCGUGGCGACAGCAAGCCCGGUGAUUCGCUAGUGGCCUUGGCCAGGGACCAAGACUUGCAUACAUUUUCAGACAUGUCUAGCAUCAGCCGGAGUUUUCAUUUGUGAUUUGGUGGUAGCACGGACGACUAGCAGGGAAGCUCUCUGCCCUAUUGAAAACUACAGACUGUUGUGGCUAGUGGUAUAUGCAGCAUACGGCGUUGAAAGUACACCUAUACCUGUAUGGAGAACGAUGCAAUAUCGCGAGGUGCAAGAGUGCGCUAUGAUUGCGAUCAGAUGAGGAGUAUGGAGUACUAUGUACUAUGUACUAUGUACGGCACCGCCCCUUUGCCGUCGCUCUGCAAAUCCUACGGCGCCACCACGGAGAUGACAGCACAUAUUUUCCUUUUCAACUCCCAACCUGCCCACGAUAAGGGCUGGCGGCAAAAGGCAAAAGCGGGAUUAUUUCGCACAAAAAUCCGCAUCUGGUGAGCGUCAAAUGCGUCAAAGAGGGACAAAACUCGGACCUGGAUGCCGGCUAUCGGAGCGGAUGAUCCGGGGUCCUGCCGCCAUGGUGCCUUGCCCAAUCAGGCCCAGGAUUUUCCACCUAUUGCUCGAAGGAGGCUGAAGGACUGUAGAGGAGAAGCGCCUGCGAGGCUGGAGGCAUGAGAAAGUAAUUAUAAGAUCAUUUGUUAGUAGUAGCGUUAUCAUGGGCGAUGCUAUCUAAUGGCUGCUAUGUAGGUAUGAGAGAGCUCUUGGUAACGAAAGCGCUGAGAAGCAGCUUUGAUAACUCGAGGUACCUUAGACUUGGAUGGAUACUUUGUAAUGUACAUAGUAUCACUGGGUCAUUGCCCUGUGGUAAUUAAAAUGACGUAUUUCUUGGGU